CUGUGUGACUUCUCUUUCUUUCUCUCCAGUGCUAGUGGGCUACGUAUAUUUGAUUACCUUUAGGAUGUUGCUGGCUCAACUCUUCUCUCUCUUCUCUGUCAUUACAGGCACCCUCUCACAUCAGUGGUCCAUGACAGUGCCCCCUGUAGUGAAUGGCACCAUAGGAGGAGAUGUGGUCCUACCCUGCUCCUUCACCCAUCCCCAGCAACAAGACUACUCCAAAGACAUCACAGUUCAGUGGAUUGCCAGACAAUUCCAUGAUAUGACCUUCUUCCAGUGCAAGGUGACAAAUGUUACUAAUGGGGGACUUAAUGAAUGUUCAGUCGCUGACCAAUCCCAGCGCUUCUCAGUCAAAGGAGACCCUAAGCAGAGGGAUCUCUCUCUCCUCAUCAGAGAUUUGGCGGUCACAGACAAUGGAGUAUACUUCUGCAGAGUGGAGCUGGACUUUUACUGGCUUAGUGGAAAAUGGCAGACUCCCAGCGGCACACAGCUCAAUAUCGUGGCUAAGGCCCAGAUUAUCAGCCUGUUUUGGGUAGAGGCGUCCUCCGGCCCAGGCAACGGGAGCCUCAGGUGUGUAGUUGAGGGGAACCCACCACCCACCAUCACCUGGUUCUCCUCCUCUAAAAGCAAAAUAGACCCUGGCGUCAGCACCAUAGAAACCCACCCAUUUCAGUGGACCAGUUGUAUCCCCUAUUUCGCCCAGGAAGUGUACACCUGCAUGGCAGAGAACAGCCUGGGGAGGGCAGAGAGACGGUUCCCCCCUGGACCCACUGCUCUGACUGUAGCCCUCUCUGUGUGUGGGGUCCUGCUUCUGCUGCUGCUCCUUGGGGUGGCUUUAUUUUGCCUGAGAAAAAGAGGAUACCUGAGAUUCUGCAAUUCAGAAAAGAAUAAGCAGCAAUCUGAGUUGUGCACAGAUCCUGCUAUAGCUGUGGUCAGUGAAUCCUCUAUCUACGCCAAUGUCUCAGAAAUGGAAAGCCGACAGUCGUUGUAUAAACAUGAUUCACCAGAGGAUGGCGACGUGGAGCUAAAUAUGGUAUACUCAACCAUUCAACUGAACAACACCACUCAAUCGCCCCAAAGAAGCUCUCGAGUCCCCAUACCAGAUGAAGGUGUCCACUAUGCUAUUGUGAACAUAGGGUAAACAGCCGAGGCACAACAAGCAGUAUGUAACUCUAGAGCAGUCGCAGGACCUGGUGACAGAGAAGAGCAUCCUGCCCUCGUCUCCGUGGUAACAGAUGUUUAUGGAUGGGGUGUGUCAGAAACAAAACCCUACUGCUGCAAAGCAUCGAAUAAUGAAAAACUGCUUUCCUGAUGGGGUUCAGUCUUGCUUCAUCUCUAUCCAUUUUGUUAUGUAACUUCAUUGACUUGAGGAUUUUUGUUGUUGUUGCAAGAACCAAAUGGCCUAACAUCUGUACUUAGUUGGUUAUUUUUCAUAAGUGUCUGUGGGUGCUCUUUUUUAACAGCUAAUUUAUAAUGUAUUCACAUGAACAGAUAGUGUGUAUUUGAGGUUACAACAUACUGUAUAUCGAUGGAGGAAUCAUUUAAAACCAGCUACUUGUCACUAAAGUUAUAUGAUAGUUUUCUAUAUACGUCAGUGUUGUGGGUCUGGGGUCUAAUUAAGCAAUAAGGCCCGAGGGGGUGUGGCAUAUGGCCCAUAUACCAUGGCUAAGGGCUGUUCUUAUGCACAACGCAACGCGGAGUGCCUGAAUACAGCCCUUAGCCGUUGCGGAGUGUGUGGAUACAGCACUUAGCCGUGGUAUAUUGGCCAUAUACCACUAACCCCUGAGGUGCCGUAUUGCUAUUUUAACCUGGUUACCAACGUAGUUAGAAAGUACAAAUACAUGUUCUGUCAUACCCAUGGUAUAUGGUCUGAUAUACCAACGGCUUUCAGCCAAUCGGCAUUCAGGGCUUGAACAACCCAGUUUAUAAUGAUGUUUAAAGCAUGAAGAUGUAAAUAAUACACUACACUGAAUCUAUUUUAGCAUGGCAUGGGGUAGUCCCAUUAGUGCAGUCCCCUUGGGAUAGGAUGGUGGGCCUAUAGUUCAACACCUGUUAACAUUUACAUUUACAUCAUUUAGCAGACGCUCUUAU